AUGUUACCCGAGAAGAAGCCAAUACGUGCCUCAUGCCGCACAACUGUGCACUAUGAGGCGGUUACCUUAAAGCCUCACAGACGGGUAGUUGCUGAUGUUGCUGGUGGCGGAAGAGCACACGCUGACUUUAUCAAAACAGUCAGAAAAUUUGAUUUACUUCUCUGGAAACCAUACUGCAAAACGGAACGGAGUGGCCAUCAUCUGCAGGAAAAAAAUGGUAUCAUCAGUUCUUGGGUACAACCCCAUCAGCGAUCGUAUCAUGACACUUGGAAUCAGCGCGAAACCGAUGAUGAAUUCAUACAAGUUUAUGCUCCGACUAGCGACGCAGACAAGGCGGUUCUGGAUGACUUUUAUGAACAACUGCAGGAAUGCUACAAGAAAGUUCCUAGCAAAGAUAUACCAAUAAUAAUGGGAGAUCUGAACGCGAAAGUUGGAACAAAUUCACAGAACGGUGCAAUUGGACCACAUGCUCUUGGCACUCAAAAUGAAAAUGGUACACGUCUCAGUGAGUUUUGUGUAGCCAACGGUUUGGCUAUUGCCAACACGAUGUUUACUCAACACGCACGUAAACUUUACACGUGGAUAUCAUCAGAUGGACGCACUCGCAACCAAAUCGACUACAUCAUCAUACCGAGAAGAUGGAUGUCCAGCUACAAAUCGUGUAAAACUCUGCCUGGUGCUGACUGUGGAACUGACCACCAGCUUCUCAUGGCAAAGUUCAAAACAAAGCUCAAAACAUGUAAGAGAAAACCAACCACUCUCCGUUAUGAUCUCUCCAGUCUAACAGAUGUCUACACAGUUUUGGUCAGUAAUCGAUUUGAUGUGCUCUUUGAACUGGACGAGGAACUCGGAAGCAGUUAUGAAAUAUGGGAAAAAACGAAAGACGCAAUUUUAUGCUCAGCAAAGAAAACUCUCAGGAAACCGAACACGAAGAAAAUCAACAAAAUGCUUUCAUCUGCAACCAUUGAACUAGUUGUUAAACGUUGUGAACUGAAAAGUCAAGACCACUCGACUAAUCAUAGACGCAUCAAUGACCUCACAAGAGAUAUUCGCAGAUCUACCCGACAGGAUAAGAACAACUACCUCAAUGAGAAAUGCAAGGAGAUAGAAACCAACAGACAGUGCCACAACACGCGCACUAUGCACAAGCUCAUCAAGGAAAUCACUACCAAACCUGCGACGCGUCUAUCUGUCAUAAAAGAUGUCAAUGGCAACGUCCUCAAUGAAUCUUCUCAAAUAAAAGCAAGAUCGAAAGAAUAUUGCGAAAGCCUGUACGAAAAAGAUGACUGGAUUAGCAAUGUGCCACCAAUAUCGAGUACAUACAUAGAUGAACCAGAAAUUUUGCUAUCAGAGGUUUCUGCAGCUUUGAAAAAAAUGAAGAAAAAUAAGAGUCCAGGCAUAGAUGACAUACCGGCAGAAUUGCUGAAAGCAACUGGUGUAAGUGGAGAGAAGAUCUUUCUCAAAUUGUGCAAUCGGAUUUGGAGCACCAAAGAAUGGCCAGAUGACUGGAUCACUGCUGAUUACCUUACCGAAAAAAGGUGACACAAGGGAAUGCAAAAACAAUCAUACCAUCUCCUUGAUUUCACACGCGAGCAAAAUUCUUCUUUAUAUAAUUGCAGCACGUUUGGAAAAACACCUCAAUUGUGAACUCCCACCAACACAGGCAGGUUUCAGAAAAAGUCGUGGUACACGUGACCAAAUCCCCAACAUGCGCUGGAUUAUCGAAAAGGCAAUGGAAAAGAACCGACAUAUUUUCAUGGUCUUCAUUGACUACAGUAAGGCCUUCGAUUGCGUGGAUCACAACAUGCUCUGGAACAUUUUAGAGAAGAUGGGAUUUCCAUUACAUAUCAUACAUCUUAUCAAGAAUUUAUAUUCAUAAGAAGGUGCAGCUGUUAAAACUGACGACGACAUCACAGACUUUUUCAAACUAGGUAAAGGCGUACGACAAGGUUGUAUUCUUUCACCGCUGCUUUUCAACAUCUUCGGCGAAUACAUUGUGAGACAGGUCGCACAAGAAGAGGACUGUGGUUUCGCUGUUGGCAGUAACCGAAUACACAAACUGAGAUUCGCAGACGAUACCACACUUUUAGAAACUGCUAUCGGCCUCAUGCAAAGACUAGUGGACAAGAUCAAGGAUGAAAGCGAAAAAGUGGGACUAUAUUUCAACAAAGACAAGACCAAGCUGAUGGCGAUCGGUGACCAGACACAAGACAGCGUGACUGUGGAUGGUACAGAAAUCUAACGAGUUCAAGACUUCAGCUUUCUUGGAUCGUACAUAACAGCAGAGGGAGAGUCUAGGAAAGAAAUCGACCACAGAAUUGGAAUUGGUCACUCGGCUGUUGGAAAGCUGCAGGCAAUAUGGCGAGAUAGCAGCAUAACCUGCAACACGAAACUCCAAAUAUUGCGAUCACUCGUGUUUUCAAUCACCAACUACGGCUGGGAAACAUGGACAUUACGACAACGCGAAAGGAACAGGGUCGAUGCUUCCGAAAUGUGGGCUCACAGACGCUUGUUUGGAAUAUCAUGGAGCGACCGUGUUACAAACAUUGAGGUAUUGGUGAGAGUGGAGCCCUCGAAAAUCCUGCUGAGAAAUAUUCAAAAAGCACAACUACAGUACUUCAGCCACAUAGCACGCCAAGACUCUUCCUCGCUGGAAAAAACCGUAAUACUGGGUUUUGUUGAGGGCCAAAGAAGUAGAGGUAGACCGAAACACCGAUGGACAGAUAACAUCAAGGCCCUGGCUGGUGCAUCUCUCCGGGAGUGUAUCGAACAGGUGCAAGACAGAAGAUUGUGGUGUGGUAUCAUUCAGAGGUGCACAAGCAGCCCGCCGGCGGCUGAAUGAACAAUGAUGAUGAUGAGCGGAUAAUUUUUGGCAGGAUGUCUUCUUUGGCAUAUUCCUUAAAGGUCUUUGAUCUCUCUGGAGCAGAUGCAUUCACUAAAGCAGAACCGUCUACAAUGAUAGUGUCUGCACUUGGUUCUGUAUCUGGCAUGUUAACUUCCUCUUUGAAGAUUUCAACAAGUUGCGACUUUUGGCUGGAAUACAGACUUCCAGAUUCACUCAAAGAUGCAGGGGUGGACUGGUUCUCAAACUGAAAAAACUCACCAAGAUCGCACUCUCUGAUCUGACAAGAUAUGAACAGGCGAGAGAACAACUGGCAAUCCUCUUUGAUCGUCUUUUCUUUGGAUAUGCGAGGUACCUGCUCUUGAGCGAAGAAAUCCAUCCUGUUCUUUUUGAUAGGGUCGUAGAAGCACGUUUGAUCUUCUUCCUUUAGUCUUUCGAUAAAUGCUGAACACUGUUCUUUUCCUCGUUCAUGUUGUUUAAAUACCAAAUCUGCUUUGUUUGGAUCAGCAAUAUCUUUAGUAGUAAGAAUCAUGUGAUCGGACGAAUAUUCUUCAAAUGGAUUGCCCAAUUCUUCAAUUACUUCAAACAGUUUUCCUACUCUUUGUAAGAAGAGCUUUUGACUACUUUGUGAAUCAUCGUGAUGUUGGCUAUUUCGGUUUGAUCCCUUUGAUCUGAUUUGGAUUCGUAGUCAGCAACAAGACGGCUCACCUCUGGUCCUGCUACCAUCCAUCUUCUAAGAGCCGAUUCAUCCUCUGUGAGGCAAUAGCACCACCAUCAUCUUAUCAAAGAAAUUUGAGAAGUUAUAAAUCCUUUUUUACGAUUUUCAAUUUAGUUAUCUGUUAGCGGACUACCUCACUGUCUUCGCUGCUAAAAUCUAUGAAGUGAUUACAAAAAAAAUUAUCGACCCUCCCAAAAAAGAUUAACUGCAUAGGUAGUAUAUGGUAUAGAGUAAUUGAAAUCAUGUAUACAGAUCCUUAAAUACCUUUGAUAACAGCAUUGUUCUGUUCGUGCGCUUGAUCAAUUGCUAGGCCAGAGAAUGCUCUUUCAGAUUUGUGCACCACGAAAUUCCCUUCAGUCAUCAUGUCUCUGAAAUGGAUUGUAAGCCAGCGUGCAUAGUUAACACUCCUUCUCGGAAUGACCGAAUUAGCGUCAAAGUAGCUAAUUCCAUGGACAUAACAAGAUUCCAAUAGAAAAACUGCGGGCUUUCCUUCUUGCGCAUUUCGCACCAUCUUUCAAAGGCUAGGUGUAGGUGACCCUCACUUGCAUCAUUGAUGUAGUUGUUGUAUGGUUUCCUUUUUCAGUUUGUAUAGCGCAGCCACUGUAACCUGGUGUGCUUGUCUUGUUCGAGUAACAUUGGAAGCUGAUAAAAAUGACAGAGCAGUUUCUGAUGAAGCAACCUCUGCCUCUGCUAUGGCAGCCGUCCAACCGCUGCCUUGCAGCAUACUUCCAACUGACCCUAAGCGCUCCAUUUCAACAUGUGGCCCACCAAAUAUAAUGACAAACUUAUUCUCUCCAUAUUCAGGCCAUUGCCCUUGAAUUUGCUUAGCUAAAGCAUAGAGUGGCUGAUCAGCUGCUACAACUGGAAUCUGACUUGGGUUUAAGUAGGUUACAAUAUCCAGAAUGUUAUCCAUGACAUGCUUUAUUAUGGCUACAGAAUGAGCCUCAUCUCUAAGGAGGGGAAGCAAUGAAGAAAUUGCAACUUUAAACGGAUUUGCUCUUUUCUGUGAGGCAUGAUGUGCAGACCAUGUAACUUUAACGGCGUUAUCUACUUCUUCUGUAACAUUGACUUUUUCUUACCAGACAAAUUCUUGUGUGGUAAUUGAUUAAACAUUGGGCAUUAAAAAGCUGGUACAGACCGGCGGUUUUGGAUCUUCCUUCAGAAAGGCAGGUUUAAUGUUAAUAUAUGAUUCUGGCAGCUGUGGAACUUUCUUGGUCUUCCCUUCUCCUUCUUCAAGUGGCUUAUGAGUCUCCCAAACGUUAUUUAUGCAGGGGUGUUGGAAUACCGAAAUACUUGUGCCAUAAAAUGAAGACUGAGCAGUCGUGGAAGUAGGAUUAUGAUCAAUGUUAUCCAUAGCUGAAACAGUAAAAAUACUCCAUACUUCUUAAGUUCCGGUGGGCAAACUAUCCCCUCUUCAACGUAUUUAUUGACAACAGUUUCUCCGAGUUGAGAUGAUAUGUCUAACACUCGGUCAUAUGAUAUGCUCAGUCCAUUUUCAUACAGCAUGUCUAUUUUUUUUUUCCUAGUUUUUGCAAAAACGGACAGUCCAAGGUAAACAGCAAAUGGGGUUUUACGAGAUUUUGAAUGCCGGUGGGAUUUGGCCCCUGCUUUGUACUUCCCAAAGCAGUUAAACUGUAAAAGUUGUGCUAAGGCCAGAUCUGACUUUGAUGCUCUAUUGUGUAGCUGCGACUUAAUAUUGGCUCCAUGCUCAAUCAUACAGACAAAUUCUAGAAAAGAACGAGGAACAGAUUCUUCAAUUGGUUCACUCCCAAUCGUAUUUUCAAAGUUCCAUUGGUGCCAUAGCAUAUCUUUGCGUAAUAUGGAAGCGGAUUUUGCAAGGUGUGAACAGCAUCAAAUGUUUUAUUUGCCUGCUCCAUAAAAGUAGCUAUAUCUCCGUGAAAAGCUAACAACACAUCUCGACCCUUGUAAUAGGCCUCUAGCUCCGGUAAGUGCAGUAACAACUGUUCUUUCAAUCUCGUUGAGUUCACUGAUGACUUAUCCAUCCCUAUUUGUUGUUUGACACGUUGCUUGUAGGGUAAGACCAAAUCAGCAAGGCGAAAUGUGUGAGGGCCUUCCCCAGAAUUACAUGAUUCGAUUAUGUAUGUGAAAAGCUCAGAAAAGGCAACCGCUAAAUUUUGAUUUUCUGAAUCCUCAUCAUGGUUCAAAUGAUCGUUUUGUGAAGCAAGGUGGGAUCGUACCCUAUUAUAUAAAGACGCAAGGCAUUUUGGGUGGUACAUUAGAUCCUGAGCAACAGCAUCACCUGCACUAAGAAGCGCAAGAAGCUUUCCAUCGUUUAGUAUUCUACUACAUUGGUUUAAUCUGUCAUUCAACUUCAUCGUGGAUGCCUUUCUAAGAGCACCUUCCUUUUCCUCUUCGUCACGCAAAAAGCAUACGUCUUUGGAAAUAGUUUUUCUUUGUUUCUUCGAUCUUCUUUCGCCAACCAAGCCAGACGAUUCACCGACAUUCCUUUUUCUUGCCCUUUCAAGCUUAGUGUUGCGAAAUAAGGUGUUACAUGACUUUCAUGACGAGAUGUGCUGCACGACUGGUGAUACAUUGCAUUGUUAUCUCAUAAGGUUUCUUCAAUACCAUUGCCUUCGUCAAGUCUUUCACGAUCUUAUGCGAUUGGCAAGCUAUUAAUUGCCAAAACAAAGGCACAUUGGUCGCAAUAUUAUGGUAGCCAUUCUUUUUCCCUUGUGGCCGGAUUUGAAGCAGGUGAUUUCUUUUUGUCUUUCUGACAUAGACAGCAUUUCGCCCAGUUUGUUUUCCAUUUCUUGUCUUCCAUACUCUCAACGACCAGCUGCAACUAUCUAUAUGUGUCCAAUCAAUAACAGGAAAUAAAAUUUUAACAUUUUUGUAAGAAGGAGACUGCAUUUAUCGACUGGUUUUGAUUGAGUACUUUUAAUUGAUUGUUUUCACCAAAUAAUUAAAUGUUCACAUUUUUACGAGAUAAAGGGCCUCCAGAGCAGGGAGGGGGGAAGGCCCCUCAUUUUUUUUGGAGUGCGUACCUUUUCAAACUUUUUUGAAAUCGUUCAUACCAAGUGGGCCUAAAACAAUGGCAGAACUUUAUACAUCAAACAUUGCUUCUCCUCAACUUUUCGAGACAUGUUAAUGGUCAUGCAUGUACAAAUAAAUAGCGGUCCAUGCUAAGUUUCAUGUUUGUAUCACCGAGUGAACGAUUCUGCCCUUAGCUUCUUCACUAAUUCACUAUUAUAUCUUUCUUCUCUGGUGAUAAACCUUGAGGCAAUUUAACCCUAUAAUGCCUGGAGACACCAACGCUAUUAAAAUUGUGCACAAUUUUAGCAAAUCACUCUUAUGACUCUAAAUUACAAAAAUUGGAGUCUUUGAUAAAGAAUUAUGCAUAAUUUGUGAGGAAAAUUUUCGUCUAUUUCAAUGGACAUGGCAUUUAGAGAGAAAUUCACUGUUUUUGUCAUAAAUAUUAUUCUCCAACGAAACGGAAAUUUACGAUGUUAAAUUCAUUAGAAACAAGUAACUUUCAUUUUCUAAUUUAUGUAGCUUUAUAAAAAACUUUAUAUGUGUGUCGUCUACUAUAUGCAGUUUCAGCAUUGAACUGAGCAUAUGCUAUCUGUAGCAUAUGCUAUCUAUCUGUACCAUGAUGUUGUCUGUAGCAUAUGCUAUUGGACAUGCACAGAAAAACUUGGCAUUUUGAGCAGUAAAAUUUGGUUUUUUUCUUGCAGUCCUUAUUUUUGCAUCUUUGUGAGUUUGGCACACAUCGACCAAAACUGGCCAGUGGUCAAACUUGUUAUGCUUGAUAUAGACUGGCACAUCAUUAGCUUGCAAUGAACGAUAAGCUGGUGACUGUGGGGUUGCUUGGACGUUUCACGUAGAUUGGUCACUGUCUUUGAUUAGUGGGAAACAAAUUUUUCCCACAAACUUUACCAAAGGCCCAUAACCACCCAUUUGUUGGAACACAAGCCAAGCAUUUCAAGAAGCCAGGCUAAAUGAAUUGAAUGCCAUCCCGUGGUACCAUUUAUGUGACCUGCAGCAGGUACGGUACAGUGACAAUAACAUAUCAGCCUUAUCCACACCACUGUUCUAUUGUACGGUUGUACUAUUGUACUUCAGAAAUGAAUCUAUUGUACAUUUCUACUGAAAAUGGUCGCACAACAUCUAUUUUCUUCUUUGCUGCACAAUCAUACUGCUUGCAUGUACCAAGAGGCUCUUUUUCAGAAUAGGAGGAGACUUUUGUUAUCAAACCAUUCGGUUACAACAACUGACUCAGUCUCAUCUACGAAUUCUUCAGCAAACCCACGCCCUAUCUUUUUCAUCUCUUUCUCUGUAGGUAGCGGACAUUUCCUGGCAUGCUUGGUAUUCAAAGUUGCAACAGCCCAUAUUUUUCUCUCCUGCUUCAGGUAUUUCAGCAGGCAAAAUAAUUCAGCAGGCUGGUGUGGCAAAAUAAUUAUCAAAAAACACCUCGUGUGAGACAAACCAGUUGUGAGACAGAGUACCACAUAAUCACUUUCUCCACAUUCUGUUGGUGGCUCACAAUCUUUAGGGGCACCUUUGGAUCCAACACCUCCUUCAACUUCAAAAUCAUACACAUAGCCAGAGAUUCCAGCAUGGGCCCAAAGCUUGUACCCCAAUUUUUUGGGCAAAUAUCUUUUCAAAUUAUGAUGACAUUUGAAGGGUACAACUUGUUCAUCAAUUGCCACGUGUGUUUCUGGCAGAAGAUUUUGUUGAAAAACCUUGGGAAUAUCAAUGGCUGAAUCUUGUGGCACGUGUUAAACAAUGAGCUAUCUUUGUCGGGCAGUUUGUUGUUUUCGUUGAAAUGCAAAACAGAAAUUAGUUCUUUGAAUCAGUUUCUUGUCAUUCCCUCAGCAAUAACCUCACUUCGUGUGUUUGAUGACCAGUACAUGCAGCAAUUUGGUAACUUUACAAUCCCCAUUUGUAGUACUAUUCCAAUGACAACCUUUAUCUCGUGUUUCUCAACAUCUUUGACUGUUCUUGUGCUGAAAUUGGUCUUGAAAAUGUUUGAUUCUCUCCGUUCUUCCACUGAACUUUAUUACUGUUUGCCUGCACCUUGUCUCUUUAUGCUGGCACUCCUUUUUAGGCAUCUACCAAACUUUCUUCUAGAAUUUCUUCUUCAUCUCCACUUUCUGUGUCUUCACCUGAAUCAUUGUCAAAAUCGGUGGCCCCGCCCGUGCAGCGAUGGAGAUGUACGAGGAAACUGCCAAGGGCAAGAAAAGACGAAGGGGGCGGGCGGCCCGCGCACAACAUCGCCCAGACCGUCUCGAAAGACAUGGCGCAGAAAAACUGCACAGCGAAGGACGCCCAGUACCGGGCACUCUGGAGGCAGGCCAAAAAAAGAAGAGCCACGAAGAUCCAGCCGUAGCAGAAAGGGCCAAAGGCAGAAAGAUCCCGACUUCAUGUACUAACUCUCUUUUCUUCUCUCUUCUUUUUCGGAAGUUCUAUUUUUAUUUUUGUAAAAAUCACAACUUGUCACCGAACCCAAUGAAUGGAUGAAUUGUCGAAAUCUGGAUCUUCAUCACUGUCUGAAAUAUAGUAGGAUAGAACAAGUAAAGAAAUAAAAUUAUAUGUUGAGUAUUUUAUCAGAAAUAGAAAACAAAAGGAAAUCAACACUAUUACGGUUCUUUUACAUGAUUUUCCUUCUCACCAGUCAAAACAUGUCCAUGGCUAGGCCGAUUCACUCUGAAAAAAGGCUGCCAAGACUGCAAUGAAUGGAGGGGCACCUUUUUGCAACAUCAUGACAACAACAGAUUUAAGAGAAAUUUCAGAGUCAAAAAGGCAACAUUUCUUUUUUUCUGGAUGAAAUUAAAGUGUAGAGCCAAGUACAUCAGCUUGUAUUCGUUCUUAUCAUUUUCUUGACACAGAUGGGACAAACCCAGCUAAUAAAUACUCCUACCCAAUUUAAGAAAGAGCUUUGAAAAAAUGCAAUUCCUUCGUUAAACUUGUUUGGUGGAAAUAUAGAUGAACGCUUGCCUAAGAAAACAACUAUUACUUCAUCAAAAGCAAGAGCUGCUUCCUUCCCUUCUGACGAGUCUAGUACGAUAAGUUCCAUAAAUACUUCUGAAAAUGACAAUUAUCUUGGUGCCCUUUUUAAGGAUAUCUGUCCAGUUCAAACAGUUUUGAAAAAUAGAGUCUUUUAUCUGGCUUAAAAAUAUUCUCACCAGUUAGGAAAUAAAUAUCAUAGCUAAGCCCCUAUUCCAAAUCAAUUUAGAUGUUCAUGAAUGAAGAAUAAUUUUCAGUCACUAAAACAGAAAUUGAUUUUGGAGUGGUAGUAAAAUUGCCUAAACUUUUAUAAGUGGUUUCUCCUUUUAUUUAUUAAAAACUGCUGACGCAUCAUUACGGUUGUUGGAAGCUUACCCUUUUUAAUUUAUCUUUCCAUUCUUGUAGGAAAUUUAUGCAUGACUUUCCUCUGGUUGCAGGGAGAAAAUCUUCAUGCCAUGUCGGGAAUGGUCUAUCCUGAAAAUGAUAUCUGUCAAAGGCCUUUAUCACUUCUCCAAACUUGCUUCCUUUUAAGCGAGGUUUUCUGUAUUUUCCCCAUAACUGCGAAUUUCGUAGAUCUGCUGUAUUUUCAGCAAGCCAUUGUAUCCGAGCCUUUGAUACACUACAUUUCUCUAUAAAUGACUCUCUAUUGUUAAUAAAUUCUUCUAAGAGGUCUUCAACAAGCACAGGUUCCAUUGGAUCUUUAAAUGUAAAGGCUGGUGGCUCAGGUCCAAUGAUCCACUGUAGGGGGGUCUGAAGACCAACUUCUUUAAGUGCAUUAUAGAGGAAUGCUUUGUCCUCCAUAGUUACUUUCCUAGAGGUUGCCCUAUAUUCUGGCCUCUUUGGGGGAAGAAGUGGGCCGUGAAAUCCAGGAGUUCGGCAAAUAAGUUUUCAACAAACCCUUUUUGUUUGCAUAGAUUCAAUUGCUGCCAUUUGACUGCAAAGCUAAGAACCGCGAGGGCAAUCGCAUGAAGCCUCUAAAAAACCACCUUCACCAUCAACUGUAACGGCAACCAAAUAGCAUCUGUCCUUCAUAUAGACACGAAGUGCAGAAUGGCUGAUCAGGGGCUCAACGAGACAAAGAACCAAAAUUUGGUGAACAUUGUAGUAUAUUUAUCGUCCACAGCUGUAUAACACCAUUAAUUUGUGCCAAAUUUUAAAGGGAACGCUAAUCUCCCUUCUAGGUCAAUAGGCCAGCACCAAUUGACUGCUUUUCUAAAAUUAUAGGAAUAUAAUGUGUAAUAAAAGCUUUUGGAAACGUGUGUUGAUUUUUGCUAGCCUUAUUUUGUGUUUCUAACAGUAGAAGGUAUUAAUUUAUAUUCAAAAUUUCUUAUCUUUUUGUGCAAUGCCAACUUUAAAAUGGCUACAAAGAAUUAUAACACCCCACCUUUUAUGAUCCAAGAACCUGAAUCCAGAGGUUAGGGCUCGUGUUUUCAGCAUUGAUAUUUUGUCAUACCCUUUCAGCCAACCCCAAGAUUUUUGUUGCAAUGAGACUAUACAUUAUGAAAAUUACAAGAAAAACUCUGUACAAGAUUGAACUGUAAAAGUAUUUGGCUUAAGCAAAAUUGAUUUGUUAUCAUAAAUUGUAUAAAACUGCCAUAGUUUUUAAAUUUAUAUAUAUGAUUGUACUGAUUGCUUGUUAAGAUUUCAGUGUAUAUUGCUUUAAAUGUUUUCUAUAACUCUUUUCUUGAUUUUGGUCAGAUAUGUGUCCUUAUUGAGUUUGUUCCUAUUUCAAUGUUCAUUAAUUAGGCCAAAAAUGACAUGGACCCUUGAGCAUGACACACUGCUCUGUAGAGAGAUCCUUGUUGAGGAGCCUUAUCUAUUCAAAAUGGGUACUCGGGAGCGUGGUCACUGUUGGGAUAAGGUGGCCACUAAUAUAAAUAAAAUUGGCCAACCACAUUUUAUGGUAGAACAGAGAGCAGUCCAGGACCGUUUUUUGAAGUUGGAGAGGAGCUUUAAGAGAAAGAUAGCAGAGGAAAAGCGUAUGUGCGGAAAUGUCCCCCAACCUCGUUUUGUUUCUUUUGUUUAUUUUUUGAAAUGUCGUUUGUUUUCUUCUGGGCUUUUUGUUUGUUGUGGAAGGUGGAAGUAGGUGUCAACACCUAGUAAGAAAAAGGAAUGAACUCUCGCGUUCGAAAUCGACUCUCGAAGAACCAUCGCUCUUUUCGAAGAAACUCUAAGAAAUCGCUCUUUUCGAAGAAACUCUAAGAAAUCGCUCUUGAAACCGAAGAAACUCUCGAGGAACUCUCAAGAUAAAGGUUUCCCGUACAAGGACACAAAACCAGGUGAAAUCUUUCCGUUUAUUCAUGGAAUCUUGAUAUUCAAAGAAAUUCGGAAUAAAGAUUCUCUUACAUUCUUGGACGCUUACAUUAAUUAUUUGUUGCUUAUUUUGUUUGUUAGUUUUGUUAGAUUAUAAGAUUCUCGUUGUUUUUGAAUAAAUAUACAGUCCUCUUCAAUUAUUAGAUAAAUAUAUCUCUCGUAUUUUCUUUGAGCCCUUGUGGGCGUAUCUAACACGUAGAAUUAAGGGACGAGAACCCUACGUGUCUACGAAGUUCGUAAAGCGUACUGGUGGUAUCAGUCCACCAGAACCCACUGAAUUGGAACAAGCAAUUCAAGACAUAAUUGAAAGGGGGACUGAGGCACAAGCUGUAGUUUUAAGGGUUAAGUGACUGAAAAGGAGAAGGAAAGUGCUGAAUCUGUCAGAAAGAGAUCAAUGGAAAGAUUGGCAAAAACCGGAGAGAGGGAGAGUCAGGAAAGAAAAAAGAAAAGAAAAAAGACUGAUUGGGACAAAGACACGGAGGUCAUGCAUUACAUGAGAGAAAAGGCUGAGAGAGAUGCCCAACUAAAAAGAUACGAGUUUGAAUUAAGACGAAGAGAAAUUGAGAUUAAAGAAAAGGAAAUUAAGAUAAAACAAAAUGGAGAGAGAGUGGGAAAUUAAGCAAUGGGAGCUAGAGAUUAAGGAAAAAGUUAUGAGGCAAAGGUAAAGAGAGACAGAAAUGAUGGCAAUGUUUCAGCAGCAGCAAGGGCAAAUGCAGCAUCAGAACCAACUGCUGCUUGAUGUUGUCAAUAAGCUGUUGGACAAAUCUUAAUAUGUUAACAGUCAUAACAGCAAAUACAAAAAUGAUUUAACUAAAGUCCACUUUUUACUAUCAACUUUUGAAUACGUUUUAUAAAUUGUCCAAUUGUACAAAAACAGAUUCCAACUUUUUCACAAAAACAUUAGAGCAUAUAUAGUUAAAAUAACUGUUUACUGGUCUGUCAUAGAGUGCUAAGUGCCAGCUGUAUACUCAUUGAUUUAUAGAUUCUAAGUUGCAACUUGAGUGCAUCAUGCUCUAGGCUUUAUUUUAGGCAAUGGUCCUUCCCAUAAAAAGAACAUUCAUAUUUUUUAUUUUAAGUAAUAAAAUUUUUUCCACUCCUUUUCUAUUUUGUUUUUUUUAAUCCCUAAGCAAAAAUUGUGAUCCCAAUGUGAUAAAGUUAUACAGACUUUGUUGUUAGCCACUGAACAGUUCAAGCAUCUUUAUAUUUAUUUAUUAAUACCACAACAGUUGUGUAUUUGUUUACAUCUGUUCUUUUUAGCUAUAGUUUUAGAGUUGAUCAUAUUUAACUUUAAAUGGUUUCAAAUUAUCUGUAUUUCCUCUUCAUUAACUUUGCAAUGAUUACAUAAAUAUUUAUCCAAAGCUUUCCUGUUUUUUCUCUGUAGUAAUUUGAUUUUGCUUUAUUAAUUGAAGAAACACUCUUUAGUGAACUCUUAAUUGAUUUUUGUAUUAAAUGCUGCUGCACAUAGACAUUUUACUGCAACUAUUUUCAAAAAUGGCACACAUCCUUUCCAGUUGAGAAAUGGCAUUAUGCCAUUUCAUCUUAAAUUUGAAUUUUUGCCAUAUUAAUGAUCCAGCUAUUGAUGAUUAGAUUAUAAACAAAAUUGAUUUAGCUAUUAUUUCAAACACUGUUUAUUGCUCAAUGUGAGAAAAUUUUAUCAACAAGCUAUACAUAAUGAUUUCUUUUGGAAACGGGAUCCUGGUUGACCUGCAUGUUGGCCUGACAGUGGCAUUUGUUUUUUUAACAUACGUAUAAUUUACACAGGUGUAGAUUAUUUUUCUCUCUAAGCUUAAUUUUAGGCAGCUAUCAUCAAGGGGGCAUUUAUAAACAGAUGGGGCUAAUAAACAGAACAGCAAACUAUAAUAGAGAAGGUUUGUCAAAUUCUAAUGCAACAUGUGUAGCAAUAUUAAGUGUGGGUGUUACUGGGAUGCCAUAAUAACUCUUGCAAUGUGGUAGUUUUAAAAAAACUGUUUAUUGUGCCUUUCUGGUUUUCAAGUCUGUGGAAUCAAGUAUAUCGACAGGAAAUACUCAUUUAGUGUUGGGGGCUUGACUUCAAAAAAUUUUGCAGUGCUGUUGCCAUACAAGCAGGUUGAAGCAUUUCUUAACAAUGCACUGACAGUACUUCAUAAAAUUUCCCAACAGUACUUCAAUCUUGAGAUUUUUCUUGAAAUCCACAAACUUGAAGGAGUUGAUGAUGUCUCCGAACACCCACUCAACAGAAAUUCUGACGUGACUCAUUGAUUGAUUUAAAGCAAGCUCGUCAGGCGUGAGAGCUGCUCUUUUUGCAAACAGGCGCUGAAGGUGGAAACAAUGCGGCUAUGCUGGUGAAAACAAGUGCUGCACCAUCUGGGGAAAACGAGUGCUGUUCUAACUGCUCCAGUAGAUUAGAUAAUGCAAGCAGUCUGCUGCCAUGUUUUCUACCUUCAACAGGCCUGAAAAGGUUUGUAAUCAUAACAUUUGGAACUACAACUGACUGAAACUUGAGUGCAUGAACCUUUUUGUGCCCAUUGUAGUCAGCUCUUUGAUUCCUGGCCGGUCUACAUACAGUGGCAGCGCUAGCCGCCAAAAAGUGGGGGGUUCAGACCGGGGUAUUGGGCGGAGCCCCGAAAAUUUUUAGGAUCACGCCCUUUUUAAUGAAGGAAACGCCCUUCUCCAUGAUUUGAAACACCCUUUUACCAAUAGAAAAUGACCAUGUUUGCAGCAAUUGAGGCUGUUAAGUUGCUUGCCUACAUUAAAGAAUAGCGCAGUUGUCAAAAUCUUUUGAUUCUCAAAAUAAACAAACUCUUUACUUUUUAUUCUGAUAGAUAGGUCAUUAGGCCAGUGCUAGAGCUUUUUUUGGCAAGAAACAAGGUAUAACAAAAAUACAAAAAGCUCCUGAUUAUGAAAAAAAAUUGAUGGAGAAAAAACAGUUUAUUAAAAUUUCUUAUCCUAUUUGAACAAUUUCUAUCAGCAGUUGAAUUUGUCAAAGGCACUUUGUCCCAAUAUUUACCAUAGCGACAGUUAAUUUGAGUCAAGUCUCAAUAACUACUGGAAGGCUUUUCUGACACUUGUACAGAUGAACUUGGUACCAGAUGCAAGAUUUCAAAAUGUCGAUUAGUUAUAGCAAUAGCUAGCUUAAAAACGUCUACUAAUUUGCUUAGCGCAAUGUUAUCAGCAAUGUCACGCUCACUACUUAUUUGCACAAGAUCUUCAAGUCUGUCAGGAGACAUAGCAGCCCGUAAAUAGUUAUUAAUUAUCUUGACUUUGCUGUGAGUGCGCUCACAUGAUGCCACAGUAACUGGCAUGGUUGCAACAAUUGUAAUAACCCGAAACAAGUCAGCAUACAAAUUGUGCAAAUCAUUCUUGCUAAAAAUAUCAAGCAGCGAGGGCAAGCAUAUCCAAGGUUUCCUUUUAUCUUUCCUUUCCUUCACAUCUUUUUGGUACUCAUCAUAUUCGAUUUUCCACUCAUAGCAUUGCUGUGAUUGAGAAAAAAGGAGAAACUGCUGCCCAGCACGAUUGCUAUCAAGCUUAUAAAAUUUAGCUAUUGCCUCAAUUUUUGACACAUUUGCUGGAGAGAGAUUGCGUGGAUGAAAAACCGCUGAAUGUGACAUCAUUUCACAUGAUUGGUGAGAAAAGCGCUUGUUGAGUUCAUUCAGCAUUUUAUCUAAAAAUGGAAAGUAGAGCUCUCGUCUGAAGCAUUCCAAAUCCAAUUCACCAUCUGGUCGAUUGCAUGGAACACUUGAUGUUUCAAGAAUUGUUUGCCCAUCUGUGACACGAGCUGGGAGUGUACGCCGACGUUUUGAUUGCUGCUUAUUUCGUAUCGGUGAAGCUUGUAUCCAGAAUUUGGCUGCCACACUUUUCAGCAAAAGAAGUGGCUUUGGCGAGGAAGGUGUCGAACUCCUUGUCAGAACGAAAUGAUUACAUCAUGGCUCUCAAAACCCGAAUGGCAGCCACUCCAGAAGUGAGAUCCAUUUCUUCGUUUUGGAGAUACUCUGAAGCAUAUUGACUCAACGAUGAGGCAAGCUGCUUCAAAUCGAAAUUGCCUAAGACGAACCAGCAAACCAGUUGCUACAUUAAUGUGCUGCUCGGAAAGCUCCUUGAACAUUGACAACAGGGCAGGGUACACAUUCAAAACAACCUCUAAGUUGUCUGAGCGAGCAGACGACCUUGUAUCAGAGAAGGAAUGCAAAGCGAUCUUUCCAAAAGUGAUUCCUUUUGCCUUCAAGUGGUUUUUGUAGACUUUGUGUCUUUUAGACAACCCUUCCAUGAAGCGAUAUAUGUCUCCAAUGGUUUGAAGAUUGCUUUGAUUGUUUGUACGUCCUUUACGCUAUGCUCAAGAACAGGAUUAAGUCUGUGGGCAAAACAAUGAAAAUAUAUUGAAAAUUCGGCACCAGCUUCUGUCAAGUGCUGCUGCACACCUUCGUCCUUGCCAGACAUAUUUGCAGCACCAUCAAAGUCUUUCCCAAUAAGAUUUUUCAGCGGAAGCUUGAGGUCCUCCAAUGUCUCGAUUUUCACUUCAGCUAAAGAUUUCCCUUUCAGGCUGGACACCUGCACAAGCCUGAUACACCGUUCAGUUAUUUUAAAAUCUGUGACAUACCGAAGUAUAAUAGACCCCUUUCACAUUGCAUCGACUUAAAAUCCAAAACGAGGCUAGAGUUGUUUCAGUGCCGAACAUCAGAGAUCAACCUCUCUGCAUCUUUGAGAUAUAUUAUCGCCGUUUUGUAAAAUAUUUCCAUCGAUUUUCGUAUUAAAGAUAUGGAUCAAUUUAUUUCAUUGUCACCUGAGGGGAAGGCAGUUUCCUGCAUUGAAGAUUUCUCGAUAGUAACUGUCAAAGAGCUCAAGAAAGUUUUGUUGGCCUACAAAGAGAAGGUCUCAGGUGCCAAGGCUGAUCUAAUUCUCCGUGCCUAUGUGGUUUUUUCGCGAUUAGAGCAGCAAGAAAUCAGUGCUGUAAGUACAUCCGAACCUGUGUUGGUUGGAGAAGAAGCUGAGUGUACGUACAACGCCAUCUUCUCCUCAAAAUGCAGCCAUUUGCCGUGGUCCUCAGACCUCAGGGGGACUCCGAACUUUCCUUUUAUUCAGCUAUAUAGCUAUCUGGUAGUAAGAACAAUGAAAUUUAAGCAUUUAAGCAAGCUGAAAAGUACUGCCUACAAGAAGUUGAAAGCUUUCCAGAUUUUUUUGAAGGCUACAUCAAGCAUUUUUUAGUGGCAAGGGAUAAUAAUUACACUUUUUUUGAUGUCCGCAUGAAAGCUUCUAUGAAGAAUACAUUGUACAAAGUCCUUGUCAUCCUUUCAAAUACUUCUGGAGAUGUUCGCUGUGCAGCUUGUACUUGCCCUGCUGGUGCAGGCCUGGGUGGUUUUGGUAACUGCAAUCAUGUCGGAGGUGUUCUUUUUGCCUUAGAGGAUUUCAAUAGAAAAGGUUAUCAAGACUGCCCAGAGCCUGUAUCAUGCACUUCCAGAUUAUCUGCCUGGAAUGUUCCAACCUCUUUUGUUGCAGUCUCUCCUGUCUCAAUUGAUGAAACAGUUAUAAAAAGAAUAAGAUUUGGCAAAGAUAAUGACAAGUCUAAUCAGCCAAAGUAUCUUUGCUAUGAUCCUAGAAGACCUACAGACCAUCAAGUCAAUGAGAAAAGCCUUCAAGAGUUACAAUCAAAGCUUGCAUCCUGCUUAUCAAAUAGCUGUUUCUUUGCAUUUCAUUCUCUUGAAAAAUCACAUUCACCAAACGAGCAAUCACUGAAACUGUUCCUUCUCUAAACUCACCAUUUGCUAAUUCUUCUGUUUUGCUAACUGAUUUCCAAGACCCUCAACCUUUUACCCUCAACCAUAUGAUAUUUCUUGCAAUAAUUUCAAAGAGAUGAUUGGAUUACUAUUGUCUCUCAAAUCGCUACAUUAGUAGUGAUGAAGUCCAGAGAAAUGAACAUAUUACUCGCGGUCAAGCAGCGAAUGAACACUGGCAGUCUCAUAGAUUAUACCGCAUUACAGCCUCAAACUUUUAUUCUGCUAUUGUGAACUCAGUGGAGCCAUCCUCAAAGCUGAAAUUCAUGUACUAUUCGUCUUUUUCUUCUGCCAGUACUGACCAUGGCAAACUUUAUGAGUCACACGUGCGUUCAUUAUACAGAGCGAAGAUGAUUCAAGACGGCUAUGAUGCAUUGAUCAUCGAUGAGCCUGGCUUAACUGUGUGCAAAUCUUUUCCUUACCUUGCUGCUUCUUUGGAUGGAAUUGUGAAAUUUAAAGAAAAUUCUUGGGGUAUUGAGAUCAAAUGUC